AUGCGCAGAAAGAUAGCAAGAACCGUCGCUCUUGUCCCUCGUUGCUCAUGUCCCUCCCAUCGCGUUUGUCCCUCCCGUCGCUCCCGUCCCUUGUCCAUCCCGUCGCUCACCGCUUUCCCUUUCCGUCGCCCACGCUCUUCCAUCCCGUCGCUCACCGCUUUCCCUUUCCGUCGCCCACGCUCUUCCAUCCCGUCGCUCACCGCUUUCUCUUCCCAUCGCCCACGCUUUUCCUUUCGUUCCCCCUCGCAUUCCCUUCCCGUCUUUCCCGCUCCUCCCGUCGCUCCCGCUCCCGCUCCUCCCGUCGUUCCCGCUCCUCCCGUCGCUCCCGCUCCCGCUCCUCCCUUCGCUCCCGCUCCUCCCGUCGCUCCCGUCGCUCACGUUGCUCCCGUCGCUCUCUUCCCUUCGGUCCCUCCCGUCCCUCUCCGCCUCUCGCCUUCCUUCCCUCUUCGCCUCUCCUUUUUCCCUACACAGUUCUACCCUUCCCUACACAGUUCUACCCUCCGCCUCUCGCCUCUGCGCUGCGUCCCCCCUUCCCUACGUGCAGCGUCCCCGCUUCCCUACGCACAUUUCCCGCCCCCUUUCCCUACUUCACAUGCCACAUGCCCCAUGCUCUCUUUGCCUCUUCGCCUCUUCCAUUCAUCCCUCCUUCCUUCGGUUCACCUUUCACCCCUUCCACCUUCUUUACCACUCCUCCCCUGCCUCACACCUCCACUCUUCCCACCUCUCUCUGCUCCUACCCUCCCUUCCCGCUCCCCGCUCUUUGCGCUCGUCUUGUUUGCGCUGCCCGCCACCCUCACUUUCCGUGCGCGCCGCCCUUGUUCUCCCUGCCCGUUCGGAGCACUAGUGUUCCCCCUUUCUGAACCCAUCCGCUUCCCCGCCCUUCCCUCCAUUUCCCCUUGCCUCUCCCUCUCCCCCUUCCAUAUCCCAUCUGCCCAUCCUCAACCCGCUCACUCAUUCCCAUCGCCCUCGCCGACUUCGGUCUUCUCAAGUCGCGCCCCCGACUUGCGACUUACAAAAUGCAUGUGCAGCACCACCACGCACCUUUCGCGGUUAUGA